CAAGAGACAGUCUCAGGGUCAAGCAUGGAAAUGGAUGAGAAAAGCUCAACGGUCCCCAUCAGUAAAGAUGCUUAUGAAGUUCUUAAGAGAAAAGAGCCCUGUCUAAAUGAGCUGUUUUACAAGAAGUUUGCUUGUACGCUGGCCUUCAAAAGUGUAAAACAUCCCAAUGAAGUGUACAGGAAAAAAUUAAAGCAUGGGAUUCACAUUGCUGUUUGCAAAGAUGAUCUCACGAUACAUGAGGCUGAUGCUUUGGUGAACGCAGCCAACGAAUAUCUAGAUCAUAUGGGUGGUCUCGCUCUUGCCCUCUUGAAAGCUGGAGGGCCAGAAAUAAGAAAUGAAAGCAAUUUUCAUGUUCAGAAAUAUGGAAAUGUCUCAGUUGGCCAAAUAGCUGUGACAGGUGGAGGAAAACUUCCUUGUAAGAAAAUUAUCCAUGCAGUUGGUCCAAGAUGGCACGACCAAGGCAAAGACAGCUGUUGCAGCCUACUUGAGCAAGCGAUCGUGAAUGUUUUGAAGUAUGCUAAUGACACAGCAAAUAAUAUAAAGUCUGUGGCUAUCCCAGCAGUGAGUUCAGGUGUUUUUGGCUUCCCAGUUGAUUUGUGUGCACAAGUGAUUGUAAUGGCUAUAAGGGAGUUUGUUGAGACAAGUCAACCAAGCUGCCUCAGGGAGAUCCGUCUGGUGAACAUUUGUGAGCCCACAGUUGCAGAAAUGAAAAAAGCUUGUGAAAUGUGGCUAGGUGAUGCGAGUUUGUGUGAGGAAAAUCUGUCAGCUCUGCAAAGCCAGCCCCCACCUGUCAUCAAAGAUGGACAUACUUAUUUGCAAGUCGUAAGAGGAUUUAUUGAAAAGCAGAAGAGUACAGCUAUUGUUCAUUCUUUGGUCAAGGAUGGCAGUCCUCACCAUGGUUUUCCGGAGGGAAUACUGCAGAUAGGAGGUCCAGCUCUUUGCCGUGAACUUAAGCCUCAUCUUAAUUCUUCCUAUUGUAAGGAGCUCAUAAAAACACGUGGGCAUAAUCUGCCCUGCAAGUCAGUACUGCAUGUUGUGUGGCCACCAUACCAACACAAGGCGUUAUUAUGCGAGGUUCUAAAAGCUGCAGUGACAAGAUGCUUGGAUUACAUUUCACGUGAGGAGACUCCUUCUAUUUCCUUCCCAGCAGAGGGGAUUUGGUCGCAUUUUCUGCCUGUGGAUAUAAUUGCAGAGGUCAUGACUGAAGCGGUUCUUGAUUUUGCCAGGGCAAACCCCAAGAGGCAGAUGCAAGUACAAUUUGUGCUCCACCCAGGUGACAAUACUGCCUAUCAGAUUUUCCAGAGCAAAUUUUUUUCGGCAGCAAACAAACUGGGAAAAAAACAACAUUACGAGAGCACUGAUGGUUGGAGUGCAGAGUCAGGCAGACAAAGUGUAAAAGAAAAUACAAACAAUGAAACAGCUAUUGAACUUAAGGGGUACAUCGCUGCAACAUUGGAAGCAGCAGAACUAUGGAUCCAAAACCUGCUAGAAACUCAGGAAAGUCACUGUGCGACUAUUGAAAACAACUACAUCUUUAGCCUUGGUAAAAAAGAGUUUGCAGAACUAGCUCGAGAGCAGCAUUUCAGCGUACGAAUAUCAGAAGAAGUGAGAGAUGGAAAAGCAAGACUAAAAUUUCAUGGCCCCCCUAGUGCUGUCAUUGAUGCAGUUCUUGCAACUGAAAAAUUACUCCUUCGUAUGCAAGAGAAGACUACAGCCAAACAGGAAGAACUGUUGCGGUUUUGGGGCCAGCUGGAAGCAGGUCCUCUUUCAGAAGACCUUGACAUGGCAAAGAACAAGGCACUCAUUCAGGUUUCACCAGUGGAAUUCAACCAGCAGGAGUUUAUAUACAGACAAAAGCAGUUUGAAAAAGCUGGGCUUCAGAUUCUCAAGGUAGAAAAAAUACAUAAUCCUCUUUUAUCUGCUGCAUUCAAACAAAUGAAAACAAGAAUGGAAGAAAAAGGAGCUGCCUCCAAAACAAGCCACACGUUGUACCAGCAAGUCCCUGUUCAGUUCUGCACCUUGGUAUGCCAAACUGGAUUCCACAGGACAUACUCACCACCGCCAGAGCAAAACUACGGAUCUGGCAUUUACUUUAAGAGGAACCCCAAAAGCCUAAUCCAGGGUAAAAACAAGCAGGAAAGAGAUUCUAAAAUGUAUGUGUUUGAGGCUGAGGUAUUAACAGGGUUAUACACUAAAGGUAAAGAGUCUUAUAUUAUGCCACCACUCAUGGAGGGAGACGUCAGGGCAGAGUAUCACAGCGUAGUGGAUGAUGUGAACACCCCUGACACCUUUGUCAUUUUCAACAGCAUUCAGGCCCUUCCCCAGUAUUUGUUGACUUGUUUACAGAUUCAGGGUGGAGGGUCUGGGGCCUCUGAGAAGGCCAGCAGUGCCCUGUGGAUGGAUUAA